CGUGCAGUCUCAUCCGACCACAUCUGAGGCCCAUUGAGUUUCACAACGCCAAACGUCACCGCCGCGCUCGAACUGUCGCAGUACGGAGUGCGCGCUGCGUAAUGCUUUCGUCUGCACACCUGAUUCGGUGGGUGAUUGGAGUUUGUUCGCAUGCGCGCGGCCUGGGAAAACAAAUUGCGCCCCUUGAGACCGCUGAGUGGCUGCUUAUGAGGCCAUCGUGGGUAGACGUGAUGGAGAACGGAAGGUCGUCGUUCCUGAGCCCAAGGAGCCAAGGGAAGGGAAUGGGGGGAGAGUGAGAGACGCCGGAUAGACCGAGAGGUCUUCGUUCCGGGCUGGGCGGUAGGCUUUAAUGGGGGUGGUCGCCCAUAUUUGUGUCGGUUCUUUUUCUCUCUCCCCGUCCGUCUACACAUCGUCGUCACUCAUUCUUGCGAUACUCCAAACAUUUUCGAUUCUGUCCAAACAAGCGCUGGUUCUGCUUUAUUUUAUUAUUAUAAACCUUACACGACCCAUUUUUGACACUGGCCUGAGUCCUGUAUACAACCCUUUUUUUUUCUUCUGAGAAUCAAACGGAGCUGGUCUUGUUAUAUAACCUUCAUAUUUUUAAUAUUCGAGAAAGAGGAGAAAGUUGUCGCUCAACGCCGGUCUAUCUGCUAUACACUUUGAAUAUUACUCAUUACAAUCCCGUUUCUCUUCCCUCAAAAUGCCGAGCUUCAAGACCCUCGCCUCGGCCGCCACUCUCGGCCUCGCUGCCUUCGGUGCCGCCCUUCCCUCCGGCUCCUACAGCACUCUCAGGUCCCGCGCGCUUUCUAAUGAUCUUGCCACUGCAGCAGGCAUCAGCGAUGUCGACAUCCUGCAAUUCGCCCUAACCCUCGAAUUCCUCGAAGCCGAAUUCUACCGCAGCGGCUUUGCCAAGUUCCCAGACGCCGACUUCGCCGCCCUCGGCCUCACAGCUGAAGACCUCGUAUCCCUCAAACAAGUCGGCGCUACCGAGCAAACCCACGUCACCACCCUCCUCGCCGCCAUCUCCGCCCAGGGCGUCAAGCCCGUCGCCCCCUGCACCUACAACUUCGGCUUCACCACCGCCGCUAAGAUGGUCGCCACCGCCUCCGUUCUCGAAGCCGUAGGCAUCAGCGCCUACCUCGGCGCCGCCCCUCUCGUCGCCGCUCCCGCCAUACUGACGGCUGCGGGCAGCAUCCUCACCGUCGAGGCGAGACAUCAGACUCUCAUCCGCACCCUCACCAAGGUCGCUGCGGUGCCAAACCCCUUCGAUACCCCCCUCGGCACGCGCGCGGUCUUCUCCCUCGCUGCGCCAUUCAUCACCGCUUGCCCUGACGGCUCGAACCUAGCCAUCAAGCCCUUCCCUGCCAUGACAUCCACGACCCCCGCAUCCGCCAUCGUCGCCGACGCACAGCUUGCCGUAGCCAGCACUGCGCAGGGCGCAACGCACUGUGCGUUUGUGAACGGUGGCGCUCCUGGUGGAGCCGUGUUCGUCCCGCUUACGGGGGGGAACUGCCGGGUUCCGCAGAUCUUGAAGGGGGAUGUGUUUGUGUUCUUGGCGAGCGCGGGACCGGCGACGGGCGUGCUCACGGAUGAUAUUACGGUUGCAGGACCGAUGGUGGUGCAGAUCUCGUAGAGCGAGAUGCGCCACUGGGGGAUGGGGGGAGGUUAGAUGUUACGUUAGCUGUUACGUAGAGAUAAUGGAGGAUUUUGGAGUGUUAGAUUUUGGAGUUGGUAGGGUGGGAAUUAUACUUCUUCUUCUUCUUCAGUAUCUGAUGUGCCAAAGCGAUUCUACAUUGUGAACUAUUAUUAUAGGAGGGGGGAAAGCGUAGGAGGAAGUAACCUCCCAUUGGCUCCUUCCUUUUAAAAUAUUAUGUUAAGAUAAGUUACAUAAAGGGAAAGAGCGAUGGACAUAGCUAUGGCAAGGGAAAAAGGGAAGGAGCCAACAUAAAUCCGAAUAAAAUGCAUGAUACGGAAUGGUAUGUUAAACACCAGCAACGGCGGCGGCGUACCACCUCGGCGUACCACCUUCCACACACGA